CCUAUUGCUGCCUAGCUAGGUAAGAAGCCAUGUUCCUGAACCCAGGAGAGGGGCUGGCACCAGAGGGAGGAGGGCUGGGGCCAGGCGACGAGGCCCCCAAGAAGAAGCACCGGAGGAACCGUACCACCUUCACCACCUACCAGCUACAUCAGCUGGAGCGGGCAUUUGAGGCCUCCCACUACCCAGACGUGUACAGCCGUGAGGAGCUGGCAGCCAAGGUGCACCUGCCUGAGGUGCGUGUACAGGUAUGGUUCCAGAACCGCAGGGCCAAGUGGCGUCGCCAGGAGCGUCUGGAGUCAGGCUCGGGAGCUGUGGUGGCCCCGAGGCUGCCUGAGGCCUCAGCAUUGCCAUUUGCUCGCCCCCCAACCAUGCCGCUGCCUCUGGAGCCCUGGCUGGGCCCAGGGCCCCCAGCUGUGCCAGGUCUCCCCCGGCUCCUAAGCCCAGGCCCAGGGCUGCAGGCGUCCUUUGGUCCCCACACCUUCAGCCCAACCUUCACUGAUGGCUUCACGUUGGAGGAGGCAUCCCUACGGCUGUUAGCCAAGGAGCAUGCACAGGCUCUAGACAGGGCAUGGCCGCCAACCUGAGCCAGGCACUUGCGAGCAACCCUGGUCCUGACCCGAGGGCUGGCACAUACCCUGGUGACAGCAGCCAGAGCUUUGGUCUGGGUGAGGUCAUGGGGCAACCCAGCUGUCAGGCUAGGUCACCGUCAAGACCCAAGACAGUCUGUUGGAGUCCUGCAGCCCUCCU